AUGGAAAUAGAGGAAACUGUGGCUGUGGUGUGUUCUUGGUGCAAAGAGUCGUACCAUGUGAAAAAUUGCUUCACUCGCGAAAAGCUAGAAGAACGAUGUGAUCGAGGUCAACUUCGUGAGAUGAUUGUACCACCAAACUGGAUCCUGCGACUACCCAGCCGCCACCGGAAUAAGCACAAACAGCCGAACCGGCAAAGUCGAAAACCAACACGUCAGUUCAUCGUGAAGCCUAAUGACUGGACAGCUGGGCCAUCACAACCGCUUUUGGGCUCAAAAGCGUUGCAUACUCUAUGUUGGCUACUGAAUCCACGACAAGUGUUUGACAUAACUGCUCUUAAAGGACCAAAAUAUGGGCUAGAGGUAUUCCGAAAAGUAAUCACCCAGCUGCGAUUGCUAGUCUGUGGUGGCGAUGGAACGGUUGGAUGGGUUCUACAAACCUUGGAUAAUCUAAACUGGCCUGCUUACCCUCCGAUGGCCAUCAUGCCUUUGGGUACCGGGAACGACCUAUCACGGUGUAUGGGAUGGGGCGGAGCGCCAUCAGAUGAGCCGAUGAGUCAGCUUCUAUCAGCAAUUCUUCAUGAAACGGUCAUCACGCACCUUGAUCGCUGGAAGAUCCAUGUCGAGCCAAACGAAACAUGUCCUUUGGAUUCAAACGACGACCUGAGUGAUGCAGUA